AUGCUCGUCAAGUGCGAGCACGAGACAGCAGGCGCAAACGACGCAGCAAACGCUGCUGAGUCCCCGAAACGCGAGGAAACCAACGAAAGCGCGCAGGAGGAUGCUCAGACCGCGGUGUCCACCUCAGCCACGCCGGAGGCGGGAGAGAGGCGCAAGAAGAGUAAACGUAAACGAGGACCAUCACCCCCUUGGCGGUCCUUUAUCGCGGAGACGUCGACAUUGAAUGUAGACGGGCGGAGAGUUUCCGCGCGCCACAACUCCAGCCUGAGCACACCCGGCGUCAGCAGCGACAGUGAGGGUCGCGGGCGCAAAUCAUUGCCCCGCGCAAGUCCUCCCUGGAAGGCAUUUGCAGCGGAGAGCGCCAGCGUUAUCAACGUUGAUGGGCGAAGGAAAAGUGGGCGCGUCAACCGGGAGCUUGCCGAAAGCAAGAGUAAGAGUGGAACGCCGAACCGCACAAAGUGUGCGAGCGGAAACACGAACAUGAACUCUGCUGGGAAGAAUCGCAAGGCGACAUCGGAUUCGAAUCACAACGAUGAUGGCGUCGAUGCCUCCGCUGACCGGCCGUCAAUGUCCACCUCGACCAACUCCAAGAUCGCCGAGCUUCAGGCCAAAAUCGCAGCUCUACAGCCAACGCGAUCGUUUCCAGCACCGGAACUCAGCGAGGUCAAAGGACCGCAGUCCAAGGCCGCGGCACCCAAGAGAUCGCAUAAGCGAAAAGAAAGCUAUCAUGCCAAAGUGGAAGACCAGCCCUGCUCUCCUCCACGCAGUCGCAAAGCGCCCCGACAGAGCGAUGUUGAAAUAUCCCCCGACCGAUCAAAGCCAACUCCCAAGAUCCGACUUCGAUUCCAGGGCAAUCGCAAACCCAUUCCACCGCAUCAUCCGAACGCCGUCUCGAAGCCCGCCUACCCCCCACAGCUCGCUCUUCACCAGGUAAUCGAGGAUUGGGAAUUGCAAGAGCUGCAACAGCCGUUCUUAGAAAAUGAUCGCGGCCCUCCAGAUGCGGAGUACUUUGUCCAGCGAGCUAUUAAGCAAGCCGCAGAGGAAGGUGCGAUGCGUCAGAGGAUUCUCAAAGAGGCAGAGCCCGGCGGAGCGUUGAGCAAGGAGAAUCUAAGUCUGUAUCAAGCGGAUCGACAGCCAGAGCCAUCACAAUCAAUCGCGCAUCACGACCAGCUCGUGGCUCAUGCGCUUUACUUACGCCAAUUACAAGUCAAGGAGAAGGCCCAACAUCGCCUGUUGGCCAAAAGGGUUGCCUUUGAAGCUUUGGAUAAGUGGAAAGUCCGGAACGGACCUACUGAAGAAGACAUUGUUGCAGAGCAAGACAGAACUUUCAGGCUCGUGGCGAAGCAGGUCAUUGCGGAUGUGAGCGCGAAGUGGGCAUUGGUAGAAGCGCAUGUGCAGGAAGCGAGAAAGAAGGCAUACGAGGCCGAGCAAGGCAGGAUACAGGCACAAAAGCUGCAAGAAAAGCUGGAGUACAGUGAAAACCUUUUGCUCAAGYAACGUGGGGACGCAGACAGCGAUGUUGAUAUGGACAGGGAGGAUGAUGAUAACAGCUCCUCUGAAGAUGCUGCGUCGGGCUCCGAUUCUGCCAGCGAAUCGGAUGAAGACAAUAUCAGUGAGUCCGAGGACGAGGCCGAUGGCAAUGCUACGGAAGACGAAGGAGACAUGGACGCUGAGACACUGGCUGCGUACAAAGCGCAUCAAGCUGAAUUGGCCAAGCAGAGGCCUGCUGAGCCGCCUGAAAAAUGCAUUGAAGGUAAGGACGAGGAUGGCGAAGAUGAUGCGGAGCCGAAUCAAGACGUCUCAAAGAGGGAUGAUACGGCGCAUAAUGUCGCAAAUCUCCAAGAGGAUAAUCGUUCCGCUCCGAAUCGUGCUCAAAUGGACGAUAUCAGUCAAAUGGGAGGUGCAGAUGCCGCCGAACGCCAUAAAUCACGCUCGGCAUCACCGACCGUGGAGGAGACUACAGCCGAGGAUCACUUGUCCUCAGAUGAUUCGACCAAUAUGGACUCCGACGACUAUGACUCUGAUGAAGAUAUGACUACCGGUGACGAAGCCGWCGGCAAUGAUGAUGAUGAUGACGAAGAAGAGUCAGAGGCCGGAGGAGAGCCAUCAAUUCUUGGGUUUUACCGCACGGCAGAUCUCAAAUCUCUACGUGAGAAAGAUGGAGGCUUGCCUACCCCUGUGACCAGCGUGGAGAAUGGCGGCGAAGACGAACAUCCAAGAUCUGGCUCCGAGGCCGUGUUCGAUGGACACGCCAAUGCUGGCGCUGAACAUGAUCUUGGGCUCACACAGAAGCAUUCGAACCAUCAGGUUUCGACGCCUGCUGCCGAUGGAGACGAGCAGCAUCAGGAGAAGCCCGCCGAGGAAAAUGAUGCAGAAAAGGUAGACGAGGCCAAUCCAAGUAUUGCAGCCCAAGCAGAUGCGGAUCAUCUCGAAGAUCUUGGCGCCAAAUCGCGCGUUGCGAUUCCCUCACUUAUGCGCGGGACUCUUCGCUCAUAUCAGCAUGCAGGUCUGGACUGGCUUGCCUCGCUGUACCGCAACCGAACAAAUGGUAUACUGGCCGACGAGAUGGGCCUUGGCAAAACGAUUCAGACCAUCUCACUUCUGGCACACCUUGCAGAGGUACAUGAAGUGUGGGAGCCGCACCUUGUCAUCGUGCCAACGUCCGUUAUCUUGAAUUGGGUGACGGAAUUCCACAAGUUUCUCCCAGCCUUCCGUGUUUUAGCGUACUAUGGCACCCUAGAAGAGCGUAAUGCGAAGCGCCGUGGUUGGGUUGGAGAUCCUCACCACGAGAAUAGGGAGAAGCGCGGCUACAAUGUGAUCAUCACGAGCUACAACAUUGCAAUGCAGGAUAUCAACUCGCUCCGCCAAGUGCAGUGGCACUACCUCAUUCUCGACGAAGCUCACAACAUUAGAAACUUCAACAGUCAACGGUGGCAGACUCUCAUCCGGUUGAGGACACGAGCUCGGCUCUUGCUGACUGGCACGCCCUUACAGAAUGACCUCGCCGAGGUCUGGGCGCUGCUGACCUUUCUCACGGCUGGCGACGAUGAACGCUCGCACGGCAAGCUAGAGGAAUUUCUCGGCCACUGGAAGGAUCCAGUCAAGGAAAUCUUCGACCAGGGCGUGCAGAAAAUUUCCGAGAGUGCACAAAGAGUCGUCGACCAGUUGCAUAUCUCUCUACGGCCUUUCUUGCUGCGUCGCAAAAAGAAUGAGGUCGAAAAGGAUCUUCCCAAGAAGACAGAGCAUGUCGUUGUUUGUAAGCUCAGCAAGCGACAGCGUCAGCUCUAUCAAGAUUACAUGGGCCUUGCGGAGACGAAAGCCUCCCUUGCCAAGGGCAAUGGCGUCCAAGCUGGUGCGGUGCUGCUAAGUCUGAGGAGGGUGUGCAAUCAUCCUGAUCUCUUUGACCCUCGGCCGAUUCAAACAAGCUUCGCCAUGGAAACAAGCCCAAUCGAAGUUUACAGUAUCAAAGAGCAGCUAGUUAGACAGCUGCUCGGUGCUCCCCGAGAAACACCGACGAAAUUCUUGAUCGUCGCUCGUGAGGGCAGAAUGCGAAUGACUGUGCAGCGAGCGCGCCGACUAGAUGCCACUAAACUCUUGCAACGCCAGAUUGGUGAGGUUGAGGCAUUGGCUGCGGACACAGACUUUGAUCCUUCGACCGUGAUCGGCUCCAGAGCAUUGCAACGACUUCAACUACGCCAACGCAAACUCAGCCAGCUUCGCGCAUGCAUCCAGGCUACCGAGUCUUCUUUCGGGCAAACGCCUGUCUAUGGCUCAGACCUCCGCCAGCUCAUCACCAUUAACAAACUCAAACCGUACACCUGUCUCUCGCGCUGGCAAUCUAGCGCCAGAGGUCUGCGCGGAUGGCCUUCAAUGGGAAAGCGACCUGUUUUACUCGAGCAUCCGAUUGACUGGAGCCUGAUCAAGAGCACGCAGCUACAAGCCGACAUUUUCACCUACGAUGGCCUGGCUGAGAAGAUGAAAGAGACGCUCAUUCGGUUCACCUUCGUCCCUCCUGCCGUCACAGUACCGAUUCUGGACUAUGCCAUUCCGCCACGCAUACAGGACAGCCUCCGUAUGACAUCCGCAUACCCGAUCGAACAUGACUUUGGCCACGAAGCUCGCGUGCGUGCCUCUAUCGCGUUCCCUGAUUCCAGACUCCUCAUCUACGACUCCGGCAAGCUUCAGCGCCUCACUUAUCUAUUGCGUGAGCUCCAAUCCAAGGGAUCACGGAGCUUGAUAUUCACACAGAUGGUAGGCACGCUCAACAUUCUGGAGCAAUUCCUCAGCUUGAUGAAUCUUCCAUACCUGCGACUGGAUGGCAACACGAGCGUAGAGCGCAGAGCGCUCAUGGCUGCUGAGUUCAAUCGACCAGACUCGAAAUACCAGUGCAUGAUUCUUUCUUCUCGUGCGGGAGGAGUGGGACUCAACUUGACAGGGGCCUCUUCGGUCAUUUUCUACGACCUCGACUGGAACCCACAGAUGGACCGGCAGUGUAUGGACCGCGCACAUCGUAUCGGGCAAGUCAGAGACGUYGGCGUUUACAAAAUGGUCAGCGAAAAGACCGUUGAGGAGAACAUUCUCCGGCGUGCCAACCAAAAGAGUCUUCUCGACCAGACAGUCAUUCAAGACGGGCACUUCACAACCGAGUACCAACUUCCAGCUCGUCGUGAAGAGGAAGAAGCAGCGGAAAAGRGCGAUGACGUCGGCCUCGCUAUUGAUCGAUUCCUUGGCGGCGAGGAGAAAUCUACGACCCAAGCGCUGGAGUCGGUAGAGGACAAGGAGGACGUCGCAGCAGCGCAGCAGGCAAGAAAGGAAGAUCACCAGGACGACGUGGAUUUCGAUCGGUCGAAAGAUCACUCCAAGGCCAAUACCCCCGGACCUGCUCAUGCGGAAGCGGAAGAUGAGGUGGACGCCGCGCUGCAGGGUCAUGUGGAUUCUUACAUGAUUAGACUCAUGGAAGAGAUUCUACUAAAGGGCUGGGUGUACGUUCCCCCUCCAGUGAGGAGACUGGACAAGCAUGGGAGGGAUCCUUCGCAUCGACCGAAGAGAAAGAGGUAA